AUGCCCCUAUGUCGCAAAUGGCUUGUCGUCAUCAUCGUCUGCUUGGGAACAGUCUGCGUUACCUGCACCAGCUCGAUUUACACGGCCACCUACACUCAGAUGAACCCCGAGUUUGGCGUGUCAUCCUUGGUAGCAACCCUGGGCCUCUCUUCUUUUGUUUUGGGGAUCGGUCUCGGGCCGGCAGUCAUCAGCCCUUUGAGCGAAUCUUACGGAAGAAGACCAAUCUACCUUACGACAUGGCUCCUGUUCAUCAUAUCGACAAUCCCGUCAGCCGUCGCCAAAAACAUCGAGACGAUUGUCAUCACACGAUUCUUCAGCGGCUUUUUCGGCGGAACGUUUCUUUCAGUUGCAGGGGGUAGCUGCGGUGAUAUGUUCCCUCCUCACAAGAUCCAGACACCGAUGGCUCUUGUAUCUUUGGCCCCUUUUGCAGGCCCUUGCACCGGUCCCCUCCUUGGAGGUUUCAUCAACUACUAUCUCAACUUCAGAUGGACGUACUACAUAAUGAUAAUAUGGGCUACAUUUAUCUUGGCAAUGCUUUUCUUCUUUGCUCCGGAAACUUACCAUUCGGUCUUGUUACGAGCAAAGACGCAAAGACUCCGGAAGGAGACUAGAGACGACCGUUAUCAUGUAUCGGCUGAACAUUCUCUGCCAGCUUCGAAAACAAGAGCUGUAGCAACAUCAAUCGUCCGCCCCUGCCAGUUUCUUGUCUUUGAGCCGAUGUGUCUCUGCUUGAACAUCUUCUCAGCCAUCCUGCUCGGAAUUUUGUACCUAUUCUUCCUCGCCUUCCCUAUGGUAUUCCGCAACCAGUACGACUUGAAUCUCUGGCAAGGCGGGUUGACAUUCUCGGGCAUCAUUAUUGGAAUGUGCUUGGCGGCCACCACGACUCAAAUCUGGUCCAGAAUCAGAGGUUCCUUGCUGGAAAGCCAUGGAACGAGCGAGCCAGAGUUCCGACUACCUCCAGCGAUGGCUGGCGCAUUACUCAUACCAAUUGGUCUUUUCUGGUAUGGAUGGACGGCACGGCCAGGUAUCCACUGGACAGUGCCAAUUAUCGGGUCAUCUGUAUUUGGCUGCGGGACCGUUCUCGAAUUUACCGGAAUUUUCACCUUCCUCGUCGAUGCCUACAAGCAGUAUGCCGCGUCUGCGAUGGCCUCAAACGGUCUCACAAGAUGUACAAUCGCAGCUGCCUUCCCACUUUUUGGUGUUCAGAUGUAUGAGAAGCUGGGUUACGAGUGGGCAACCAGCCUUCUUGCUUUCUUGACUGUCGCCAUGAUGCCCUUUCCAUGGCUGUUCUUCAAAUAUGGCAAGAAACUCAGGGGAAGAAGCAGAUUUGCUGUUCGCACCAAGUAG